AUGUUCCCCGUCUCUGUACCGCCCAUCUCAGUGGGCUCCAACGUAUUCUUCGCAAUCGCCCUAUUCUUGAUCUCCGCUCUUGUGCUACUUCUCCUGCGGCGAUUCUUGACCUUGCGCGCCACCCCGGGCUAUUUAAUCGUUCCGAUAUUCUUGGCAUUAGCCCUGCCCGCGAGCGUUGUGCUUCUCGUUCCCAUUGAUCUUGCGUCGAGUUCGCGUGAUGGCUCCGGCCCCAAGGCAAUUUGGUUGCCAGAGCGAAUGGUGCUGGUGUGCUGGCGGAUCGCAUAUUGGUUGAUCUUCGUGCUGACAUGGGCUAUCCUGCCAUUGCUCGGCGAAUAUGUCGACUCCGGUUACCGUGACCCGAAAGGCCGUCUCAUGUACUCCCUCCGCUCGAACGCCCAAUACCAACUGAUUUGUCUGGCCUGCGCCAUCGUGGGAUUGGUCUACGUUUCUAUCUCAAAUGGAUUCGAGUUCACCUCCAUCAAGGGUCUGAUCAUGGCCUUGGCAUAUGUAUGGGGUCUGGUUCUCGCCAUCUAUCUCAUGGGCCACGGUCUAGUUUCUAUCCCCCGCAAUCUUCUCCGCAAUUCCAACGUUAGCGGCCGUCUACGAAGGAUCCAAGCCCACGCGCCGAAAAUCCACGACCGCUUAAUGGACUCCGUGAACGAGUUGGAAAAUCUCAACGGCCAGGUCACCCUUUUGCAACGCCGCAAGACUGGAACUGCUCGUGAUUUCCAGGAUUGGAUCGAGGAACUCAGGGAAGGCCAUGGUCAGCCGGACGUGCGGGCACCAAUCCUGGAGGCCCCCGAAAGCUCUGCCACAAUCCCCUCCGUCAUUUCCGAGCGCUAUCUAGCUGACCUCACCCGGCGGCUUCAGCGCGCUCGGCACAUGAAGGCUCGGUUCGUAGAUGAGUGGGAUCGCACGGUCCAACUUUCUGCUGAUCUUCAAGCUAUCAUCAAUUCUGCCGCCUCGAAGAAGCUCGAGUUCGCCCCCGCUCCGCGUCGAUCCUCGCUUUUGCCCCGCGUAAAAGUUCUCACGCCUUACAUGCGGUACCAGGUAUAUUCCAACGUUAUCCCUUCGGUUCGCUUGGUGUUUGGUGGUUUCUUCGCACUCGUAUCAGCUUGCAUCGUUUGGUCCGAAUUGAUUAAGUCUCUGGCACCACACCUUUCCGCCGUGAGUUUGACUGUGGUUCCUAACUGGAAGAAUCAACCUGUUGGCUUCGGUGGUCAGUUUGUCGCUUCUGCUUGGCUGCUAUACAUGUGCUCUGCGGCUAUGGUUGGCAUCAGCGAUGUCAAGGUUUGGGGCAACCGAGCACUGGUCCGUCGUAACACUUAUGGCGAGAGUGCUUGCUGGUAUGCCGGUCUGGUCGCUCGCUUGACGGUGCCCAUUGCGUACAACUUCUUGACUUUCUUGCCCAAGGAGUUCCGCCGUACCACAACUUUCUACGAGUUCCUCGGUAAACUGAUUAACCUGACCCCCUUGGGCAAAGGCUUUGAUUUCAUCUUCCCCAUACUCAUCCUACUUCCCAUCUGCGCGACACUGUUCAACCUGUACGGACGCAUCAAGAACAUCUUCGGAUGUGGACUCGCCGAGGAUGACGAUGUUCACGACGUGGAGAACAAUCCUGCCGGUUAUGGCAUGGGUGGGUGGCGCGAGGGACGCGAUUUGAUCGAGCGAGAAUUGAACGGGUUCGGCUCCCUAGCGGUGUCCUCCCGCGGCAGCCGUUCCACCUGGGCCUCGGAUCGCGACGACGAAGGCUCUCCCGGCUCGUCUCGCCUACGCGUUCCUAUCGCGGAGGGAUCUCGCUCUCCUCAGUCUAACCAGAGAGCAGUAUCUGCGCCAACUAUUGUAGAUGGCGAAGAAGAUGAAGAGGAGAACUUCUUCCAGUCGUUCGCGCACCGAGUGAAGAACACCUUUGAAACUACCAAUACUCCUCGCUGGUUCCAGGGUGAACCUUUCCGGCUUCCUCGCUGGAUGUCAAACGAUAACAACGCUACGGAAGAGGGUGGUAUGCUCAGCGGCCGGGCUGUGCCUGGACGCUUGCGUCUUGGUUAG